GGUGGGUGUUGGUCUUUGGAUGGCACCAAAAUCAAUCCAGGUCGACCAUGAGCAUUUUGCUGACCUCCUCCUUCAUUCCUACUUCCAUCAGAUAUAAUACCAGCUGGUCGAAAAAUCUGGUAGCAAAGCAAACCGUACUAGCACGAUUUGCAUGCCAGCCGAUUUCGAUAAGAACAUUCCACUCGAGUAAGAUGGCCAACAAUCACAGCCAGCAAGUCGUAUCACUUGUCUCGCCUCAAGAGGUCCAAGCCCAUGGCAUCAAAAACUACAAAGUCUUGGAUGGCUCCUUCCAUCUGCCCAAUUCCGGCCGAUCAGUUCUGGACGAGUUCAAGAAAGGACCGAGACUUCCUCAUGCCAGAUUGUUCGACCAUGAAACUAUUGCCGAUACUUCCUAUACAAUCGACGGUACUGGCACCAAACUCGGACACAUGCAGCCCGAUCUGACGACCUUUAAACGUGAGGUGGAGCGCUUGGGUCUUACUCGGAACGACCAUAUACUCGUGUACGAUUCCGUUGGCAUCUUCUCGGCUCCUCGGGCUGCUUGGCUUUUGAAUGCUUAUGGCCACCCUCAGGUCUCCGUUCUUGAUGGCGGCUUGCCCCGAUGGAUUAAAGAAGAAUGUCCGGUGGAAACCGGGUCGCCGGUCGAUCCAGAGCCGUCGGAGUACACGCUUCCGGGAUUCGACGAGGCUCUUGCGCGAGGGAAGGUGAUCUCAUACGACGAUCUUGUCCGGAACUUCAAGGAAACCGCUGAAGAAGAACGGAUGAGUGUUUUUGAUGCACGUCCUCGAGGCAGGUUUCUCGGCGCUGAUCCCGAGCCAAGGCCAGGAUUAUCAUCAGGCCACAUGCCGCAUGCGCUCUCGCUGCCAUUCACAUCCUUAUUAACCCAGCCGAGCGACGCGGAGCCCUACCGGAAAUAUCUGAGCCCCGACAAGCUCGAGAAAGUAUUUCUCGAGACCCUCAAUCAUGACCAUCAGAAAUGGGAACAGAUCAAAGCCGGCCAAAAAGGGGUCGUCGUCAGUUGUGGUAGCGGGAUGACCGCAUGUAUCAUCUGGCUCGCCAUUCGUCUCUGCUCUCCUACGGCCGCUAACCGUGUCACACUUUAUGACGAAAGUUGGGACCGGUUACGCACUCAGGAAAGACGCCCAAAUCAUCAAAGACUCUCCAACAACAUCCUGAUUGUCACGUUCUUCUUCUUUUUUUGAGAAAAAAUAGGGUUUAAAGUAUACGCCUGUUGCGUAACAUUACAAAAAACCCACAUUGCAAAUGAAAUGUCUCAUGUUCCAAAUAUCAUGUAUUCUCACGUGUUCUGAUUGUCUUAUUCUUCUUAUAGCUAUGAUGUACUGUUGAUCUUCCUCCUUGCAUAAAACAAGUUGCAAUUUCUCCCAGAUUAUGAAGAAGAAAAAAUGUCCAUGGGAAAACUGUUACAUACCAAAAAAA